CGAUGAUGCAGGUUCCGCCCGGCACAUUGAAGGUGUUACGCAUAUCACCGAUAACGAGCUCUGCGUUUUGAAAAAUCUGCUUACGUGAAGGUGGUAAUUUAUGCAGUACUUAGAUAUUGGGUAAGGUCUUCAUUAACCAUAUAUCAUUGUUUAUCAUUAAUUCAAUUAGAAUUUGAAUGCGUAUAUAAAAGGGGUAAACUCCCUUUUCUAGUUCAGUUGCCGGACACUAUCGUGUUUCUGACGUUUAGAGGCAAAACGCUCCGGAUAUGAACAUCUUAUAUGCUAGGUGAGAACAGACCUUACCUUUUGAGUGAUCCUGUGUGUAGCAUUCAAUAAGACAUGGCGAGCGACUCCUGUGUAGACAUGGAUCCGGAUGUUGCACGGAGGCUGUUUGAGGAAGGAGCUACCCUGGUCCUGCUGGGUGUUCCUCAGGGUACAGAGCUCGGGAUUGACUGCAAAAGUUGGCAGGUGGGUCCUCGGUUCAAGGGAGUAAAGAUGAUACCUCCAGGUCUCCACUUUCUCAGCUUCUGUUCCGCUAACUCUCCAAGCUGUGGUGGGGAGAUUGGUCCCAAAUCAGGCCUCUUUCUCAAUCUUAAGUCCAAAGAGAUCCUUGUGGCUCACUGGGACCCCAAAGAGGAGGAUUUGGAUUUCUCAGCCUCCAAGAAUGACGAGGAGGUGAACCGGAUCCGGGACACAUUGCGAGAGCUGGAUCCCUACCUGGGUCCUUAUCCAUAUGAGGUGAUGAGGAAAUGGGUUUCCCUCACAGACCAGAUCAGCCAGGAGCUGGCUGUGAACCUACAGCCUCUCUCAGGCCGAGUUUGUGCUUUUAGCGAUGUCAUUCCUGAGCUGCAGUUAAGACACACCAAAGACCGGGCAGAGCAGCCGAGGAAUGACACAGCCUGUCAAAGCAUGAGGGAGGGACUGGACAGGCUUCCAAAGAUGAAACAAAGGGAAGGAACAGAGUUACGCUUCUCGGUUAUUCCUGAGAAGAACUACCCUCCUGGAGCUUCUCCUGCAGAGAUCACCCGCUGCAGCAUGGACCUGAGUUACUCCCUGGAGACCGUGCUGAAGAAGAGCUACCCUGACCAACCGAUCAACCUGCUUGGUGAGCUGCAGUUUGCCUUUGUGUGUUUCUUGGUUGGAAACGUGUACGAGGGCUUCGAGCAUUGGAAGCGCCUCAUGGCUCUGCUCUGCCGGUCCGAGGAGGCCAUGAGGAAGAGGAAGGAGCUCUACCUGGGGCUCAUCACUGUGCUCUACCACCAGCUUGGUGAAGUACCCCCUGACUUCUUCGUUGACAUCGUUUCACAGAACAACUUCCUCACCAGCACUCUGCAGGAUUUUUUCCAGUUUGCCACUGGGCCUGGUGUGGACAGCACCCUGCGUAAGAAAGCAGAGAAAUUCAAAGCUCACCUAACCAAGAAGUUUUGCUGGGAUUUUGAUGCCGACUUGGAUGACUGUGCUCCGGUGGUGGUGGAGCUGCCUGAAGGCGUCACAGUGGACUGAAACUUUUCUCUCCUAAAAAUGUAUUGCAUCAUUUUUUCUGCUUAGUAUUGUUUAUGUCAUGUAAAAUCUAUGAACAGAAUGCACAUUCUGUAAGCUUAAUGUUGAAAAGGCAACAUGUCAUUGAGUUAAAUCUAUUCUUAUAGACUUAAUACAUGGGAAAAGAUGCCUUUUUAUCAUGUUUGUCACUUACAGAAAUCAUUUCCUUUUAAGUUGGAUAGUUUAAUGUAGAAAUUUAAACACGUGUCAACAACUUUUAUGAAUAAAUAUUAAAUUGGGGGGGAAUGCAUUGCAGUGUGUCAAAAUGGAUGAAUAGUUACAAAUUAAUCUCGGUGUAUUGGGAUCUUUUUGGUAACCAAUAUAUAAACUUGUUCCUAACAGAA